UGAACUGUCGAAUAGCCCUGAAAUUGAUUGUCUGCCAUUAAAAUUAGCUGUCAAUGUGAAAUUAUCAUAAAAAAUCUUCGUAUAAAGGAAAUUUCUAGUAAAAUUAAAAUGAAUUCAUCCAAAACUCUUCACAAUCUUAUUUUGAGACAUUUGUUAACACAAAUUAGAUAUUGCCAUGCAGAAAAAGGCGAAAGAACUUUCAUAAUGGUCAAACCAGAUGGCGUGCAACGCGGUUUAGUCGGAAAAAUCAUCGAACGCUUCGAACGCAAAGGCUUCCAACUUGUCGCUUUGAAAAUGAUGUGCGCAGGCGAAGAUCUCCUGCGUAAACACUACAAAAACAUCGAAGACAAACCCUUCUUUGACAGUAUAGUAAAAUACAUGAGCAGCGGACCAGUAGUACCAAUGGUAUGGCAAGGCCACGGCGUAGUAAAAGCAGGCCGCACAUUAUUAGGACAAACAGAUCCUGCCGCAAGUGCCCCAGGCACCGUCCGAGGAGAUUUCGCCGUUAACAUAUCACGCAAUGUCUGCCACGGCUCAGACUCACCGGAAACCGCCCAACGCGAAAUCAAACUCUGGUUUAAAGAUGGCACACUGGACUGGAACUCAGCACAAACAAAAUGGCUACUAGGAAAAUAACACAAAAUUUAAUUCAGUAUAAAUAUAACGUGUAAGUAUAAACAUUA